UGCGUCUCGAUGAGGGCGCGCGGACUGCAUUCCUCCUCAUUCAUGCCGUACUGAGACUUCACACUAGGAAAGUGCACGCGGAGCUUUACACACUGCUGCCGAGGAAAUGUACUCAAGUUUGAGAUUUUACGCAUGGCGAGGAUAGUAAACCAAGGCAUCAAGAGCACAAGGCUAGCGGCCAUGGUGCUGCAGAUGAUGGUGUAGACGACAGCUCUGUGCCGAGAGAGAGAGAGAGAGAGAGCAGAAAGGACACUGGGUCAAUAAGUCGCUCUCCUCAACAUAGACUGACAGACGCUGUCCAGGUUUUUUCUGGGACCAGGAUCACAAAGGUGAACGUAUCACCUGGCCUACCGCUUCCUCUAAGAAAGAUACGAAAAAUGCUGCCGUAUAGGAGGAGGCACCUUCCGGCCUCUCUUUGUGAGGCCUUCCUCCUUCUCUUCUUCCUCUCGUUCCUCCCUCAAAAUGGGGGGCUCGAGGUUAACCUCUCUUCCUUCCGAACCUUCACUCCACCAGAGGGAGGGCUUACUCAUUUGGUCGUCCAUAACAAAACGGGUGAAGUCUAUGUCGGUGCUGUCAAUUGGAUCUACAAGCUCUCCAGCAACCUGACCAAGCUCCGAAGCCAUGUUACCGGUCCUGUGGUGGAUAAUGAAAAAUGUUACCCACCACCUGGUGUUCAGUCUUGCCCUCAUGAGCUCUCACAGACUAACAAUGUCAACAAGCUGUUGCUUCUCGAUUCAGGACAGAACAGGCUUAUUGCGUGUGGAAGCACCUCGCAGGGUAUAUGCCAGUUCCUCCGGCUGGAUGAUCUCUUCAAGCUGGGUGAACCACAUCACCGUAAGGAGCACUACCUUUCUAGUGUCUCCGAGGCGGGCACUAUGUCAGGAGUGGUUAUUAGUGGAUCCCAAGGUGAAGAUAGUGGUAAAUUGUUUGUAGGUACACCCAUUGAAGGAAAAUCUGAAUACUUCCCAACUCUCUCCAGUCGUAAGUUGAUGGCUAAUGAGGAGAAUGCUGAUAUGUUCAGCUUUGUCUACCAGGAUGAGUUUGUCUCCUCACAGCUCAAGAUUCCGUCUGACACACUUUCCAAGUUCCCUACAUUUGAUAUCUACUACGUUUAUGGUUUCAGCAGUGAGCAGUUUAUUUACUAUCUGACUCUCCAACUAGACACCCAACUCACCUCGCCGGAUGCUAGCGGUGAACAGUUUUUCACCUCCAAGAUUGUCCGACUCUGUGUGGAUGACCCCAAGUUCUACUCCUAUGUGGAGUUUCCAAUUGGUUGUACCAAGGAUGGUGUGGAAUACAGAUUGGUUCAAGAUGCCUACCUCAGCCGACCCGGUGCCAAGCUGGCACGAUCUUUGGGUAUCUCUGAACAGGAGGAGGUGCUGUUUACUGUUUUUGCUCAGGGUCAAAAGAACCGGGCCAAGCCACCUAAAGAAUCAGCCCUUUGCCUGUUCACACUACGUAAAAUCAAGGAAAAGAUUAAGGAGAGAAUCCAAUCCUGCUACCGGGGUGAAGGUAAACUGUCCUUGCCCUGGCUCCUCAACAAGGAACUGAACUGCAUCAACUCACCUCUGCAGAUAGAUGACAACUUUUGUGGCCAGGACUUCAACCAGCCUCUAGGGGGCACCACUACUAUCGAGGGAAUUCCUUUAUUCUUGGACAAAGAUGAUGGGAUGACUUCAGUGGCAGCAUAUGACUAUCGUGGGCAGACCGUAGCUUUUACCGGCACCCGUAGCGGCAGGAUGAAGAAGAUCUUGGUGAACUCCAUUACCCAGCCUGCACUGCUGUAUGAGAACGUGGUGGUGAGCGAAGGGAGCCCAAUUUUAAGGGACAUGCUGUUCAGCCCUGACCACCAAUACAUCUACACGCUCGCAGAUAAAGAGGUGAAGCGUGUGCCAGUGGAGAGCUGUUCUCAGUAUAGCAGCUGUGGAGAGUGUCUGGCCUCUGGUGAUCCUCACUGCGGCUGGUGUGUCCUGCACAGUGUCUGUUCACGUAAAGACCGCUGUGAGAGAGCGGAUGAACCCCAGCGCUUCGCCUCCAGACUGGAACAAUGUGUUCGGCUCACAGUUCAGCCCAACAACAUCUCUGUCACCAUGUCUGAAGUCCAGCUGGUUCUUCAAGCUCAGAACGUCCCGAGUCUGGCAGCUGGAGUAAACUGCUCGUUUGAGGACUUCACAGAGACAGAGGGACACAUCAUGGGGGGACGCAUCUACUGUCUGUCCCCCUCCACUCGAGAGAUCAGUCCCAUAACACGCAACCAGGGUGACAAGCGGGUGGUGAAGCUCUAUCUGAAAUCUAAGGAGACGGGGAAGAAGUUUGCCAGCGUGGAUUUUGUCUUCUACAACUGCAGUGUCCAUCAGUCGUGUCUCUCCUGUGUGAAUGGCUCUUUCCCAUGCCACUGGUGCAAAUAUCGACACAUGUGCACCCACAAUGCCAACGACUGCUCGUUCCAGGAGGGCCGCGUCAACAUGUCUGAGGAGUGUCCCCAGAUCCUCCCGUCCACUCAGAUCUACAUCCCGGUUGGUGUCAUGAAGCCCAUCACCCUGUUGGCUCGAAACCUCCCGCAGCCCCAGUCUGGCCAGAGGAACUAUGAGUGUAUUUUCUACAUCCAGGGCAAGGAGUACAGCGUCACUGCCCUGCGCUUCAACAGCACUAGCAUACAGUGUCAGAAGACCAUGUAUGACUAUGAAGGAAAUGACAUCAGCGACCUGCCUGUGGACCUCUCCGUUGUGUGGAAUGGAGAUUUCGUCAUUGACAACCCCUACAAUAUCCAAGCGCACCUGUACAAGUGUUUCGCCAUGCGGGACAGCUGCGGGAUGUGUCUGAAAGCAGACCCACGCUUUGACUGCGGCUGGUGUGUUCAGGAGAAGAAGUGCUCGCUCAGACAGGAAUGUGCUCCUCCAGAGAGCAGCUGGAUGAACCCCAGCGCAGGAAACAGUCGCUGCGCUCACCCUAAAAUCAACAAGCUGUUUCCAGAGACUGGACCCCGGCAAGGUGGAACCAGACUCACCAUCACUGGAGAAAACCUCGGUCUACAGUUGGAAGACAUUAAAACGGGUGUUCGACUGGGAAAAGUACCCUGCAAUCCUAUCGAAGAGGAAUAUGUUAGUGCGGAAAGGAUUGUGUGCCUGCUGAAUGAUGCCACAGGAUACCGUGUGCAGGAAGCCCAAGUGGAGGUUUGCGUGAGAGACUGUGUGGCCGACUACAGAGCCCUCUCACCCAGGGCUUUCACGUUUGUGACGCCAUAUUUCGCCCGUGUCCAGCCUGCUCAGGGACCCCUUUCAGGAGGAACAAGAAUCACAAUCGAAGGAAACCAUCUGAACGCUGGCAGCUCUGUUGUGGUCAACAUUGGACGUCACCCAUGCCACUUUAAAAAGCGGAAUUCAAAGGAAAUUGUGUGUGUGACCCCGGCUGGCGUGAGUGCAGGAAGUACUCCGGUUAUGGUGGACAUUGACUCAGCUGAGCUGAGGAACCCAGAGGUGAAGUUCAACUACACAGAAGAUCCCACUGUCCUGAAGAUUGACCCCGACUGGACCAUCGCUAGCGGUGGGACUCUGCUCACAAUCAGCGGCACAAACCUGGCCACCAUUAAAGAGCCCAAGAUCCGCGCCAAAUACGGUUCUGCCGAGUCCUUCCAUAACUGCACGGUUUUCAACAACUCGGUCAUGGUCUGUCUGGCCCCUUCGGUGGCUGAUUCAGAGAGAGGCUUUGCUGAGACCGGCAGUGGACCAGAUGAGAUUGGCUUCUACAUGGACAAUGUUCAUGCUCUUGUGGUGGUCAACGAAAGCUUCAGCUACUACCCGGAUCCCAUCUUUGAACCUCUCAGUCCCACAGGCAUCCUGGAGCUCAAACCAACAUCUCCACUUAUUCUGAAGGGUCGUAAUUUAAUUCCUGCCGCUCCUGGAAACUCCAGACUGAACUACACCGUGUUUAUUGGAGAAACGCCAUGUGUUCUGACACUCUCAGAGACGCAGCUGCUGUGCGAAUGGCCAAACCUCACCGGCCAACACAAAGUCACGAUUCGGGCAGGAGGGUUUGAAUAUUCCCCUGGGACGCUGCAGAUCUACUCUGACAGCCUCCUGACGCUGCCCGCCAUUAUUGGCAUUGGAGGCGGUGGAGGUUUACUGCUGCUGGUCAUCAUCGCUGUGCUCAUCGCCUACAAGCGCAAGUCUCGGGACGCCGACCGGACGCUCAAACGCCUUCAGCUGCAGAUGGACAACCUGGAGUCCAGAGUCGCCCUCGAGUGCAAAGAAGCUUUUGCUGAACUCCAGACUGACAUCCACGAACUGACCCAGGAGCUAGAUGGAGCCGGUAUCCCAUUCCUGGACUACCGAACCUACGCCAUGAGGGUGCUGUUUCCGGGCAUCGAGGACCACCCGGUGCUCAAGGAGAUGGAGGUGCAGGCUAAUGUCGAGAAGGCCUUGACUCUAUUUGGUCAACUCCUCACCAAGAAGCACUUCCUGCUGACAUUUAUCCGCACACUUGAAGCUCAACGCUCCUUCUCCAUGCGUGACCGUGGCAACGUGGCAUCGCUCAUCAUGACAGCUCUACAGGGAGAGAUGGAGUAUGCCACAGGAGUCCUCAAACAGCUGCUCUCUGACCUCAUCGACAAGAACCUGGAGAGCAAGAACCACCCCAAACUGCUGCUCAGGAGGACUGAGUCUGUUGCAGAGAAGAUGCUUACUAACUGGUUCACUUUUCUUUUGUACAAGUUCUUAAAGGAGUGUGCAGGUGAGCCGCUCUUCAUGCUAUACUGUGCUAUGAAACAGCAGAUGGAAAAAGGCCCUAUAGAUGCCAUCACUGGAGAGGCCCGAUACUCCCUCAGCGAGGACAAACUCAUCCGACAGCAGAUUGACUAUAAGACUCUGACUCUUCAUUGUGUGAACCCGGAGAACGAGAAUGGCCCGGAGGUGACAGUGAAAUGCCUGAACUGUGACACAAUCACCCAAGUGAAAGAGAAGCUUCUGGACGCUGUUUAUAAAGGAAGUCCAUACUCGCAGAGACCCAAAGCAGGAGACAUGGACCUGGAGUGGCGGCAGGGGCGGCUGGCGAGGAUCAUUCUCCAGGAUGAGGAUGUCACUACAAAGAUUGAUAAUGACUGGAAACGCCUGAACUCACUUGCACACUAUCAGGUAACAGACGGGUCAGUUAUCGCGCUGGUGCCAAAGCAAAACUCUGCGUACAACAUCUCAAACUCAUCCACCUUCACCAAGUCCCUCAGCAGAUACGAGAGCAUGCUGAGGACAGCCAGUAGCCCGGACAGUCUGCGGUCCAGGACGCCCAUGAUCACCCCUGAUCUAGAGAGCGGAACCAAACUCUGGCACCUCGUGAAGAACCACGACCACGCAGACCAGCGCGAGGGAGAUCGCGGCAGCAAGAUGGUGUCAGAGAUCUACCUGACUCGGCUGCUGGCCACCAAGGGUACAUUACAGAAAUUCGUCGAUGAUUUGUUUGAGACGAUAUUUAGCACAGCGCAUCGUGGCAGUGCUCUCCCUCUCGCCAUCAAAUACAUGUUUGACUUCCUGGAUGAGCAGGCGGACAAACACCAAAUCACAGAUUCAGAUGUUCGGCACACCUGGAAGAGCAACUGUUUGCCGUUAAGGUUCUGGGUGAAUGUGAUUAAGAACCCACAGUUUGUGUUCGACAUCCACAAGAAUAGCAUCACGGACGCGUGUCUCUCCGUCGUGGCCCAAACCUUCAUGGACUCCUGCUCCACGUCCGAACACAAGCUCGGCAAAGAUUCCCCCUCUAAUAAGCUGCUCUACGCUAAAGAUAUUCCCAACUACAAGAACUGGGUAGAAAGGUAUUACUCAGACAUUGCACGCAUGCCUGCCAUCAGUGAUCAGGACAUGAGCGCUUAUCUAGCGGAGCAGUCCAGACUCCAUCUGAGCCAGUUCAACAGCAUGAGCGCCCUCCACGAGAUCUACUCCUACAUAACCAAGUACAAAGACGAGAUCCUGUCGGCGCUACAGAAAGACGAGUUAUCUCGGCGACAGAGACUGCGCAGUAAACUGGAACAGGUUAUCGACACCAUGGCUCUGACAAGCUGAGAAACCCUCCCUGUCUGUCCGCCCACCUCAGCGGUCUCCCCCUGACCUCCAGACCCCGUCCCCAAUCCUCAUUCACACAGACACACACACAUAUACACACACACAUACUAAGCUAACGGACUGCAAGGACAGAAGCAGUACACUGGAGACCUCUCAGCCCAGGGUGGAAAUCCUCGUUUAUCACUUCCUUUGAACUCAACACUCACCAGAAUGUCUCCCCGGACGCCACGUCCAACCAAUUUUUUGGGAUUUUUUUUUCCAUUUCGGAGGUCGUUGAGCCACGUAUGUGUGCUUUUACUCACCAAGGAUGUCUUGUAUUAUGAGCCAGAAGACCUUAAAAGCCCAUGAAGGAUAAAUUGUGGUGAUUAUUAUUUUUUUUUUCGUCCCACAAUCGGAGUUUUAUUUCAGCGCUUAAUUUCGUAUUAAAUAGUUUUGCUCUUCGGGUUGAUCGAACAACUCCCUCACUCCAGUCUCCUGCCACUUGUGUUACUGCUGAAUUUGCACAAUUUACAGGAACUACAACAAAUGAAAAUGAUAUAAAUAUAUAUAUAAAUGUGUAUAGAUAUAUAAAUACAACUGCAUUUUUAUACGAAAAGAGUGAAAAGACGCGUACAAAGUUUUCCAUUUUAACAUAGAAAAAGAGUAAGAUGAAUUUGAUAUGUGAAACAAAGACUGAACUAUGAAAAAAAAACAAAACGAUAUUGAAAAAAAAUGUCCUGUGCCAUGUUUUAUUUGAAUGUUGUUUAGUGCAAAAGAAAAAACAAAUUUCUUUAGAUAAAAUGUGCUUUGAUUUAAAUGUUGACUACCCUAGUGACUGAAGAACUGAGAGUGAAAAAAAUGUGCAAAAAAAAAAACUAACUCAGACAAAUGUGUUCCCAUGUGGUACCUUAGUGUUUUUUGGAGGAAAAUGUCCUCGUGAAAAACAAAGGGUUCAUUGUUUAGUUGGUGGAUGAAUCUGUGUAUUUAGUUUGUACACUUUUUUCAACCUUUAUUGCUAUUAUGGUUUGAGUCUGAAAGCCACUUGAGGACAUAUUCUUUGCUAUUCCGUGCUAAAAAUAUGAUUGAUAAUUAAUAAUUGGCUGUUUUCAUCUUGCGUUCAUUUCCAUUAUCAGACGUGAGCACUCUAAGCCUCGGUAACUUUUGCACAAAUCAGUCUAGAAUGAAGGAAAACUUGAGAUUGAAGAACCUACGAAUGUGUUCCGUUACUGAUGAUGUCAUUUCCAGAAGGUUCUCUGACAUUACAGGAAAUGUAGCAAAUGUUAAUAUCAUGCAGUUACAUCUCUCUUUUAACUGUUUCUACUUUUUUUUAAGCUUAAAGUAAAACUUUGGCACACAGAACGUGUUUUAAAGCCGAAUGAUCACGUGAAUGUUUCCCUCGUUAGUUAGUUAGUAGUCAGUUAAAGGGAUAAGUCACCAGAAAAUGAACAUUUGCUGUUAGUUUAUUGUCACUCAGGGCAUCUGAUAUCCAGUUUACUCCUUUUUAGUAGAAAAUUAAAGAUUUAAGAAUUUAAAAAUAACAGAGAGAUAAAACUAAAUUCGAUUUUGAUGAUACAUUGAAAUCUUAUGAGGCAAAGUCUGUAAGAAAUAUGAUUAUUUAAAUCAUUAUUACUUUAAAUGCACAUUCAAAUAAACGUUUGUUUUAUCAUUCAUGUUAUGAAUCACAGUUUCAGCUACAAAUCUGACUGAAGAAAUAGUCACCUACAUCUUGACUGACCCGAGGAUGACUAAAUUAACAGCAAAUUUUAAUUUCUGGGUCAUCUAUUCCUUUAAACACAAAGCUGAUUACAAAGGAGCUACACUGUAAAAAGUGAUUCAUUUUCUUUACUUUUUUUUAAGUAAGUAAACCUGCUUAUUUUUAAGCGAUUGCUUGACGUAAAAACUUAAAUUGAUUCAUUUAUUUUACUUUUCAAAAAAGUAAGUAAACCCGUUUAUUUUAAAGCAAUUGGUUGACUAAAAAAAAGUGAGUAAACUUUUUACUUUACUAAGUAAACAAACUAUGUGCAUUAGGGCUGCACGAUAUUGGAGAAAUCUGACAUUGCAAAAUUUUAUCUUGCUGCAAUUUAUAUUGCGAUAUGAAUACAAUUUCGACUUGAAUAGCUCUAUUUGGAAUAAAAUCAUUAAAUUUGAGUGGAAUAAUCUUGUAGAGGAGUGAUUCAAAGAAAUUGCAAGAAUAAAAGUGAAAUUAGUAGUUAGAUAUUCAGGUACAGAAACACGGUACGAUACGAUAUUAUCAUGAUAUUCCCCCCUGAUGAUGAUAGAUCACGAUAUCAGCGAUAUAUCGCAAGAAAACCAUCCACAGAAUAUCACAAUAUUUGUAAAUGAAGAAGAAAAAAUACAUCAAAAAGUUAUAUGAGGUAUUUCUUUUUUUACAGCACAUAUAUUUCUUAGAAUUACAAUAUUGACUACGUUUACGUGGACAUCGGUAAUGAAAAUAUUUGCCUUAAUCUGAAUAAGACAAUAAUGUGAUGAAUGUGUUUACAUGAGUUGCUUUUUAAAUGUUUUUUUCAUGAUCCCGUUUUACAUGUUAUAGCACAUAAUUUGAUUAACGUCAUUUCGUCACCGCACUAUGAACUCCUCCAGGGUUUCAUGUAAUUUCGGGUGUUUUUUUUUAAUUCGUUGGCUUUAACUGCAGUUUGGCACUUUCAUUUUGGAACAUUUCAUGCAUGCCCCCUUGACAAACGAGAUAUUGGAUGCGAAUAUGAACUGCUGGAAGAGUGUAGUUUUAAUGGAUUUUAAUAGCGCAUGCCGUAUGGGGGAAAAAACCUUAGCAUUUUGCAAUGUAGAGAAUACUAUCAAUAGCCGUGUGUUUAGACUAUCCUGUCGCAAAAUGUGGCGAAAAAUCCUACACGACGGUAAUAGUUUAAAAUGUUUACAUGUCUGUACUGCAUUUCAGUAAUCCAACUAAAAUCGACAAACUCCACAUGUCCUAAUCCGAUUUAUGUUUAGUUCGAUUAUGACCUUAAUCGUGUUAAUUAAAAAUUGCUGUUUACAUGGUGGACUCCUAAUCAAAGUAUUGUCUUAAUCGCAUUAAAAUCGGAUUAUUGGUGUCCAUGUAAACGUACUCGGUGAUAUAUGUUUGAUCCACCAUUACAAGUGCCACCUCAUGUAUAUCUCUAUUUUGUCCUGCCCCUAUUAUUGAAUAAACAAAUGUAAUGUAAAAUGUAAACACACUACAUUCUUCAUCAACUAUAAUAAUCCCAACUCCACAUUACAGAUGCAAUGCGGUAUCGAUGCUGAAACGAUAUAUUGCGCAGCCCUAAUGUGCAUCGUUAUAAGAAUUAAGUUAGGUCAACUUAACGGUGACAACGGGUUUAUUCACGAUUUGAAGUCAACUUGUCAAUGGUUUUAUUGACCUUUUAAUUUUUAAAGUAAAGAAGCAAAUCGCUUUUUACAAUAGAAUUAUUGUCACGUUCUUAAACGUCCAUCGUUUCAGCACUAUUUUUAUUUUUGGGGAAAUACAUCCAUUUUAUAAAGAGUAUUUAUUUUUUGUUUCGUUUAAGAUCAUAAGCUACUCAGCUUCCCUAUGCCAUUGGAUUAAGCGCUUCUUUUUCUCGUUCAUUUUGAUUUUCUACAAUCCACUAACUCCCUUCCAUCAAGAUCAGCGAUUUGCAGUGUUACAAAUACAAAUGUGAAGCGAUCCUCAAAGUCAAACUGUUUCAGGGGCAUCAAGCGGAUGAAGUGGAGCUCUGCUUUGCUUUUCUUCGCCAUCUUGGUUGUUUUUGGAGUUUCUCUUUAUCCUCUCUCUUGCGAGCGUCAGUAAGUCUGCGAGGACGUGUGUUGCAGCGACUGCGCUUUCAUGUGCUGCGGCGCUUCUCUUAAAGUCAGUCAUGUUCAAACAAGAGAAAGCCUCUCCUCCUUUGGCUUUCCUCUGAGAUUAAAGCAGAAGUAGACUUUUCUGAGAUGCGAUAGAAGCGUCUUUGAAAGAUUUAGGUCAGAAACCCAAUGAGAGAAAGAGCGAGUCGGAAAAGAACUCAACGGUUGACGGGCCCUUGCUCGCUUUUUACCUUAGCCAUACGUCAGGGUUCGUUCCAGCUGGGAAAGAAGUCAAAUCUUUACGCUUUUAUUUAUUUUUGGAUUACGCUUAUUGAUAUGUACGCCAUUUCUCCUAAUCAAACGGGAGCAGGUCUCCACAACUCUCCACGACGUAUCUUCCAUGGUAAAGACAAUCCAUCAUUGGACUUGAGAUGUAGGAAUUGCCUUUGUUUAGGUUUUUUUUUUUUAGUCUUCGAAGAUUUAGAUCGAUGUUGAAUUUGUUUGCUUGGUAAUGUUGCGCUGUUAGCAAUCACUUCUGUCAUUAGUUUAAGUGCAAGUUGAAGAUGGAAGGAACUGUCGAUGAAGUAAAUAGAUAGAUGGACUUCCUUCACACAUUUUUGGAAGUUUGUGUCUUCAUUUUAAACAUUAGAAAGGAAAACGUUGGAUGUAUCGGUGACUUGGAUCCAGCUUUUCUCAUGUUAGUUCAUUAGUAGAUGAGUUUCCGCAUGCUUUGACUUUACAGAAUACAAGCAUGCUGUUCUACUUUCAUUCCAUAGGCUGAUGAUGUUCGUUCUACAUAUCAUAAUGUACGAUCUGACCAUGUUUUUAUUUUAUUCCUAUUGUCAUAAGAUCUCGAUGUGCUUUUGCUUUGUGCUAUGUUGGCGGGAUUUUGGUGAUUGGUGAUUGUAAAGCAGCUGGUUGCAUUGUGCAAUGUCUCAGGACAUGUGUUUCACCUUGAUGUCGUCUUUGCCUUUUCGUUGGAUUUGUUUUUAAUGACGAGUGCUAUCUUUGAUUUAUUUUUCAAACGUUUUUUUAGAUGUUGAGUUGUCGAAAACGUGAAACUCUUCAGAGAUCAUUUCAGUGUAAAGUAUUUGAGUGAUGCUUCUCGUUUUGUAAACUACUUUGAGUACAGGAACAAACAAACACACACAAAAAAAGAUGAUGUAGAGGGAAAACAAGCUGAACAGAAGGUGUUUCAGACUCACAGAGCUUUCGUUUCGCACAGAGUGCCUUGUCAACUCCUCUCUCGUUUUUCUCAGCCGCCUUCGACCCUUCCAUUACCCAUAAUCCAUCUCUUUCAGUACUCCUCUCUAUCGCUAUCUGGCCACAUCCUUUUUCUUACACUCCUCCUCCUCCUCCUCCU